AUGGCUGAAGUCGAACAAUUUGCCUUCCAAGCUGAGAUAUCUCAGCUUAUGUCAAUUAUUAUUAACACUUUCUACUCAAAUAAAGAGAUUUUCCUUCGUGAAAUAAUUUCUAAUGCUUCAGAUGCUUUGGAUAAGAUUCGAUAUGAAUCGCUUACUGAUCCUUCAAAACUUGAUAGUGGUCGCGACCUUUAUAUUCGAAUCAUUCCAGAUAAGGAAAAUAACGUUCUUAUUUUACGGGAUACCGGAAUUGGCAUGACUAAGGCCGACCUUGUGAACAAUCUUGGUACUAUUGCUCGUUCAGGUACUAAGGCUUUCAUGGAAGCUUUACAAUCUGGAGCUGACAUUUCUAUGAUUGGUCAGUUUGGUGUGGGUUUCUACUCUGCCUACUUGGUUGCGGACCGUGUUCAAGUGAUCACAAAGCACAAUGACGACGAACAAUACAUUUGGGAAUCGGCAGCCGGUGGAUCAUUCACCAUCGCUCGUGAUACAAUUAAUGAACCCCUUGAACGAGGUACAAUGAUUAAACUGUUUCUUAAAGAAGAUCAGUUAGAGUAUCUUGAAGAACGUAAAAUUAAGGAGGUUGUCAAGAAGCAUUCCGAAUUCAUUGGUUAUCCAAUUCAACUCAUUGUCGAAAAGGAAGUAGAAAAGGAUGUCCCAGAUGAAGAAGGCGAAGAAGAAGUAGAAGAAGAAGUUAAGGAAGAUAAAGAGGAGGGAGAAGAAGAUCAAACAACUAAAAUUACGGAAGUAAAAGAUGAGGAGGAUAAGAAAAAAACGAAAAAGAUCAAAGAAAAAACAAAGGAAACCGAAGAGCUGAACAAGACUAAACCUAUUUGGACAAGAAAUCCAGAUGAUAUUAAAAACGAAGAAUAUGCGGCAUUCUAUAAGUCACUUACUAAUGACUGGGAAGAACAUUUGGCCGUAAAACAUUUUUCUGUCGAAGGUCAACUCGAAUUCAGAGCAAUUCUAUUCGUCCCACGUCGUGCACCAUUUGAUCUCUUUGAAACCAAGAAAAAACGCAACAACAUUAAGCUUUACGUACGCCGUGUCUUUAUUAUGGACGAUUGUGAAGAUUUAAUUCCCGAAUAUCUUAACUUUAUCAAAGGAAUAGUCGAUUCAGAAGAUCUACCACUUAACAUUUCUCGAGAAAUGCUUCAACAGAACAAGAUUCUUAAAGUUAUUCGUAAAAACAUAGUGAAAAAAUGUAUGGAACUCUUCUUGGAGAUUGCUGAGGAUAAAGAUAAUUUCGCAAAAUUCUAUGAGGCAUUUGCCAAAAACAUUAAACUUGGUAUUCACGAAGAUUCUCAGAAUCGCGCCAAAUUAGCCGAAUUCCUUCGUUAUUAUUCCACAAAAUGCACCGAUGAACUUACCUCUCUCAAAGAUUACGUAACACGUAUGCCAGAAAAACAAAAAGAUAUUUACUACAUUACAGGAGAAAACCGUCAAGCUGUUGAAAACUCACCAUUUGUUGAGGUGUUAAGGAAACGAGGGUAUGAAGUCUUACUUAUGACCGACCCCAUUGAUGAAUACUCCGUUUCACAACUUAAAGAAUACGAUGUUAAAGAAAUUCUCGGUGAUAAAGUUGAAAAGGUUCUUGUAUCGAAUCGUAUUUCAGAGUCGCCAUGUGUUCUUGUAACUGGUCAAUACGGUUGGUCCGCCAACUUUGAACGUAUCAUGAAAGCUCAGGCGUUACGUGAUUCUAGUAUGGCAUCAUAUAUGGCCUCUAAAAAGAUUAUGGAAAUUAAUCCACAACAUCCGAUCAUUAAAUCACUCAAAUCUAAAGUUGAGGCCGAUAAAAAUGAUAAGACUGUCAAAGAUCUUACAUGGCUUCUUUUCGAAACAUCACUUUUACAAUCCGGUUUUAGUUUGGAAGAACCAUCAUCAUUUGCCGGCAGAAUUUUCAAGAUGAUUAAAUUAGGUCUUGAUAUUGGUGAGGAAGAGGAUACUACGGAAACUGAAGAAGUAGUAACAAAUAUUGCAGAAUCGAGUACUGCUGAAGCUUCUCAGAUGGAGGAAGUUGAUUAA